AUGGUUGACAACUCUCAGGAAGGGAGGUUGUCGCGAAAACGAAAGAAACUGAAGGAAACUUUCGAAGAGUCGUGUGGCGAAGAAUCGCAUUGCUUGUUUACCCUUAGUCACGUAUGCCAUUUGGAGGAUACGCAGUGCACAAGCAGUGGUCUGGUCGCUUCCACGUCAGAAUUUUCUCCUAACGUUGACUCCAAUACUGGUAUGUUAAGCGAUGAUGUGGUAGGAAGAUUUUAUGUAUUUUAUGUAAUACAGUUAGUAGAGUAUGAACGAUUCCGUACAGUUGAUUGA